UAUUACUCAACGAUACCACGAACAUGCAGUAAAUAUCUCAUUCGAACCAAGUAGUGUUUUUUAGUGGAGUUUUGAUAUUACAAGUAAUAUGUCUGACGAAGAGACCACGUUUGACAAGGACAAAAAACGUAUAAAAGAGACGGUUGAACGAGUUAAAGGCACACUUAAARAACUACGCGAUGCGAAAUURAAACAAGCAGAACAAGAGCAAGARCAAAAAGUUCCAACUCCAAYAAAUCAAUGCGAGGAUAGUAGCGACGACAGCGGUUGGGACACRGAYCUCGAGUGCCCAUCAGAUUUAGAAGAACAACAGUCUUCUCGCCGACAAAGUUUUGAUUUAGCAGGGAAAGCAGCGUACAUUCGAGCAUGUCGAAAACUUAAUGUAACACCAAUAACGUCGCUGUUACAAAAUAUCGAAAACAAAGAAAUUUCUCUGGCGCACCAYGGCAUUGGAGUCCAAGGAGCCAAGGCUUUGGCAAAAGCUCUAGUGAACAGCACAACUGUCGAGAGUGUAGACGUUGAAGAAAACGGYAUUCAGGACGAAGGAGCAGAAAGCUUUGCGAAAAUGCUAAGGGACAAUUGUUACAUCACUGGUAUUAAUUUAGCGGGCAAUUCAUUAAGUUCCCGWGGUGCAGUUGCCAUGGGAAAUGCUAUGGCCGAUAGCAUCUACUUACGACGUCUUGAUCUUUCUUUUAACAACUUCAGUGAUAAAGAUGCAGCUCCUUUGGCGUUUGGUUUAAAGAAAACAGUAACUUUAAAACAUCUACGACUUAGUCAUAAYACCUUCUGUGAGRUCGGUGGGGAACUUUUGGCACAGGGAAUCGAGGUGAAUGAUACGCUUGAGACUUUAGACUUGAGCUGGAAUCAUCUUCGAUUAAAAGGAGCCAUUGCUAUAAGCARGUCAAUGAUUGAAAACAUUUCUAUCAAAACCUUAGAUCUUUCAUGGAAUGGAUUUGCCGAUGAAGGUGCCGCAGCCAUGGGAGAUGCUCUGAAAACCAACAACACUCUCCUCGAACUCGACCUCAGCCACAACAGAAUCACAGAAAAAGGAGCUAUAKCACUUGCAAAAGGACUGGAAAAGAACAAAACUCUGCGCGUACUUAARAUGGGAUUCAAUCCWCUAGAAAGAGAAGGAUCAUUUGCUUUGAUUAAAGCACUCAAGACAAAUUUCGACUCAGAGAUGGAAGAACUUCACUUAAACAACGUUAGAGUAGGAAAAGAUUUCAAAGACGUCGUGGACGACUUUCUCGGUCACACAAAACUUACGAUAUCACUCAAUUCUGCACCAGUUGACCAAGGAACUGCAGAAGCAAACAGCCGCAAUAAAAGAGUGAAAGAUGACCUGCUUCAAAUCGUUAAGAAUUUUCUCAUCGAGAAAAGACUUCGGGCUAUUGACCUGUUCAAUCGUUUGGAUAAAGACAAGUCCCAUUCUAUUUCUGGCGAGGAGAUGUAUAAGGGUUUGAAAGCUGUGAAAGUUCCGUUGAGUGACUUUCAGAUCAACAAGCUSAUUUUGUUACUUGACAAAGAUGGGAACGGUGAAAUUGACUAUGCUGAGUUUUCUGUUGUAAACUAUAGUAUAAUGUCACUGAAUAUCCCUGGCACUUCUCGUGAAAGAUCGGAAACUAUUCAGCGUGUUGACAAGACAUUGCGAGUUUUAAAUUCUGGUGGUUUACGGGGACAUCUUGGCCGAGGAAAGCUUAACGCUAACGUUACUGGUGCCGAGUCCGAUAGCGAAAGCAGCGAUGGGGACUGGGACACGGACUUAGAAGAUAACGGACCCAAGAAUGACUAUGACGCCACAGGAAGGAAAAUGUACUUAAGAGCCUGCGAUAAACUAGGAACCGUGCCAGCGUCCUACUUUGUACGUCACAUGACUGAACCUGAAAUGACCAUGAUGCAUCACGGCCUUGGACCGGCAGGAGUUGAAGCAAUUUCCCUUGCAUUGAUAUACAACACAACAAUCACAAGCCUUAAUAUUCGAGAUAAUGGCAUUGGGGAAGCUGGUGGAGAAAUCAUGGCGAAAUUGCUAAGAGAAAACUAUUAUAUCACUGAACUGGACAUUUCAGAUAAUCAAAUUGGAUCCAAAGGAUGUUUCGAGAUGUCUGAAACUCUGAGAAUCAACGAUACUUUAACCAAAUUAAGCAUGGCUGGUAAUGAGCUACACGAUAAAGACGCACAGGUUCUCGUACAAGCCCUUCGCACCAACUCAACGAUAACUUAUAUUGACUUAAGUAAUAACAAACUCUCAAAUAAGUCAUGUGAAUAUUUUGAAGAACUGCUUGACGAGAAUUGCACUUUAACAUACAUGGACCUGAGUUGGAAUCACAUCCAAGUCGUCGGUGCAAAACAUCUCGCAAACGGUCUAUCCGGGAAUAUGAAGUUAAAGACUUUAAAAUUAGCAUGGAAUGGGAUAACUAAUGAAGGGACUGUUGCCCUCUCCAAAGCGUUAUCAGAUAACAGAGUAUUGACCGAGCUAGACUUAACAAGUAAUCGAAUAAGUGAUCAUAGUGUUUUUGUACUGUCUCGUGUAUUAACCAACAAUAACAUAAUGGAAGUGUUACUUCUUGCGAAAAAUAACAUCAGCGAAGAAGGCGCAUGUUCAAUACUUCAUGCUAUACUCAAGAACACAGAAUCUAAAAUGUCUAAGAUUGAUCUCAGGGGAGCUUUAAUCAAAGACGACUUCCUUGCUUUAUACAAUGAAGUACAGUCACUCAAACCCGAGAUUACUAUAGUUACAGACCACGCCCCGGAGACACGCCCUCGACCUGAAACCCCCAAUCCAGGGAUGCUGCUAAGGAACUACCUCGCUAAAGAACACGUACGAAUCGUUGACUUGUUCCGUAAGCUGGACCGCGAUCAGAGUAUGCAAGUUAGUGUUCGAGAGUUCGUGGACGGACUCAGGAAAUCUGACGUCGGUUUGACGACUUUCGAGGUUGAGAAAAUGAUUGAGUGUUUGGACGCUGACAACGACGGCGAGAUCGAUUACAGUGAGUUUGUUUCUAUUCAGAAYAUGUGGCAAAAGCCAGAUAAUAUGAACCUCAAGAACCGCAGAAUGUCCAAAAGAGUGUGAAUCAUAAAGSAAAGAUAUUAUUAAAAUAAUAUUAGAAACCAUUUUAUUAUUGUAUUAGUAAACAGAAUAUACAUAGUAUCUUGUGAUUUUAUAUUAUACAAUAUUAUUAUCAUUGAAUUAUCUCGUACCUUUUUGCCUGAUAACAACUAUAUCUAAUCACCAGUCCUUCGUGCAUUCUCGUUAACACAGGUAACCCAGUGUGUUCUAUUGUAUUGCAACAGGAUUAUCUUGUAUUAUCCAAUUGACAAUGUCUUGUAAUAAAUUCAUCUUGUAAUG